AUGCUCCAGCCAACUCCUUCAAAAAAAAUCAAAGUUUCAUCCUCGAAUACAGCACGUUCAAGAUCUAGCAAAAAGACACCUUGGGAUGACCGAUUUUGGCUUGGUUCUUUACCCCUAAAUUCUUCAACUUUAGAUACCUCUAAUAUCCAUGAAGACAAUGACAAAUAUUUUAAAGAUAAAUCAAAGAACAAAAUUAAGCUACCACAAAUCAGCUCAAGACCAGGCUCAGGAAGAGCCAAAAGCUUGGAAAGGUCUUCCAAUGCCAGUCUAGCUAUAACUGAAGAAAUGCUAAAUGCACUUAAAGGUGAAAUAGAGGCUGAGUGGGAAAUUCGAGCAAUCCCAGAGGCCCAGCGAGAAGUAUUCAAAUCAUGCGUCUUCGAUUUGCCAAGAAAUAAAGGCGCAGCUAUUAUUUCUCGAGAAAUCGAGGAUUUAAGAAAAAAUCGAUCCUUAGUGCAGAUUGCUUUAAGGGCAGUUUCAGCUCGAGAAGAAAGCUUAAAAAGCAUCAAAGAAAUGAACGAAUAUCUAAUAAAAUCGCCAGAUUGAGAAAAGCUCAAAGAUGUUCAGCUUGAAUGUGCCGAGCUUUUGCAUGCCCAUAGAAUCUUAACACUAAAUGUAGUAGAAAGCAUUGUAAGGUGGCGCGAGCAGCUUGUUUAUGCAAUGCUGCUAAAUCAAAACGAUUCUUAUGCAAAAACAAAACUAGUUCCAUUUAUGCAUGACGGUGUAAACUAUAUGGCGAAAAUGAAGCACGAUUUAAACUUCCUCUCAAAUUCGGAUUUUUCUAAAAUUUUUACAUUCAGCGAAGAACCUGAUCCUUUACUAGUGGCUCCGUCUAAAGCAGCACCGAAUAGAUCAAAACAGCAAAAUCGAAAAAAGGAAAAUUAUUUUAUUGAGAGCGGCCAAGUUUUAAUUCCAUUGCCAGGAGUUCUUUUAAAACGAGUAAGAUUGGCAGAGAUGGUAAUUAUGGAAGAUUCCAAUAAUGAAUGGGAGCCUAAUCACAAAUCAAAGCCUAGCGGAAAAUUUAGUUCACUUAUAGGGACUCCUUUGCAUAGCACGAGAAAACAAAGAAGAUAUGACGACGAAAAUAGAAUUUCCCUCUAUGUCAUUGAAGAUAUCAUUGAAGAAGAAGUCGAAAAUGAAUUAACCGAAAUCGUCAGUGUUACAAAAAAACAUGAAACUCAAAGACAAAAUGAUGCAGCUGCUAAAUAUUUAACCGAUGAAAUCCUAGGGAAAGAACUUUUAGACACUAUCAGAAAACUCGCAAAUGAAUUCUUAGGACAAGCUGCUAAUGGGGCUCUUGAUAAGCAUUUUGACAACUACGCACAAAAACUUAUAGAUAGCGAAGUCAAUAAAAUAGUCGACUUAUUAGCAAGAGAUGAGUUGAAAUUCGCUAAAGAUGAAUAUAAAAGAAUAAAAGAAGAAGAAAGAAAAAAGAGAGAUGAAAUUGGGUAUUUGGGAAAAAACAUUUUUGAAGAUUUAUUAACCGAAGUUGUGAGGAAAAUGAUUGAAGAAGAAUUAAAUUACGCUCAAGAAGCUAUGCUGAAAAAACAGAAACAGAUGAAAGAAGCUGCUGAGAAAAAACAGCUGGAAGAAGAUAAUAAUGCUAUUAAAAAACAAAUCGCUCAGGAAUUAUUUGAUGAAGCUGUAGUAAUUAUGAUAAAUGAAGAACUAAAAAUACAAGAAGCAGAAAAAAGAUUAAAAGAUGAGCAAGAGUUAAUUGAAAAAGAAAAGAAAAGAUUGCAGGAAAUUGAAAGACAAAAGCAAAAAGAACUAGAAGAGCAAGAAAGAAAAAGACAGGAAGAGUUAGAAGAAGCUAAUAGAAUUGCAGCAGAAAAUGAAAGGAAAAGACUGCAAGAAAUAGAGGAGGCUAAUAGAAUCGCAGCAGAAAAUGAAAGAAAAAGACUUCAAGAAAUAGAAGAGGCUAAUAGAAUCGCUGCAGAAAAUGAAAAGAAAAGAUUGCAAGAAAUUGAAGAGGCAAAUAGAUUAGCUGAGAGAAAAAAACAGCAGGAAUUAGAAGAAGCUAAUAGAAUUGCAGCAGAAAAUGAAAGAAAAAAGCAACACGAUUUAGAAGAAGCUAAAAAAAUUGCAGAAGAAAACGAAAGAAAAAGGCUUCAAGAAAUAGAAGAGGCUAAUAGAACUGUUGCAGAAAAUGAAAGAAAAAGAUUGCAAGAUUUGGAAAAGAAAAAGCAGGAAGAAAAUGCUGUUUUAAUAGAUUUCUUCAAUAUGAAUAUAACAGAUACUGCUAUAAGCAGCUUAUUGAAAGAAAUAGUGGAAAGUGAAUUUAUUUAUGCUAGAAAUGAGCAGGAAACUAUUGAAGCUAGCAAGAAAGCUGAAGAAGACCGCAAACGCAAAGCCUUAGAAACAGAAGAGCUCUCUAAAUUAAUUUCAGAAGAUUUAAUGAAUUCAGCAAUUUCAUCGUUUAUAUCUGCACAAUUUGAAGAAGAGCAGCGAAUAUUUAUUGCAGAAAAAGAGAAAUUUGAAAAAAUAAAAGAAGAAAAUGAUAAAAUUUCCAAGCAGCUUUCUGAUCAAUUUUUUGAUGAAGCUGUGACUCAAAUGAUUGGGAUAACUCUAUCAGAAUUAGACGCAAAAGCACGUGAAAAGGUUGCAAAAGCAAAUCUUGAAGCUGCAGCUAAAAAGGAAAGAGAUUUAAUCAACUUAAAACUUACAGACGAAGUCUUCAAUAGCAUUUUAAAUUUAAUUGACUCUGAACUCCCACAAAUUGCUACCAGUGAAAUUGAAGAGUUCAAAAGAGCAAGAACACAUGAAGAAGAAGCUCAGCUUCAAAGACAAAUUACGCUAAAUUCCAUUAAUGGCCAAAUUUCAAACCAAAUCCAAAGGAUUCUUAUUGAAGAAACGAUAAAUUCGUUAAAACUUGAAAGUAUUGCGGAAUCUUUAAUUAAUGAAGCCAUAGACCAGAAAAAGCAGCAAGUUAAAAGUGGAGAAGAAAGGAAAAAAAUUGAGGAAAGAGAAAGAAAACUUCUUACUUAACUUACUUAAUUAUCUGGUGUUUAAGGUGUCUAGUGCCGCAGCCCAAAGGGGCUAUGGCAAAAAACUGAUGACGUAGGCGAGCCAUCUUGGCACAGGUCAGCCCCGUCCAAGCCUUCUAUCAACUCCUGCUUCACCAGCCCUGCUGCACGUCUCACCGGCGCGUUGCCGUCGCCCUUGUCGCUCGACUCAGCUCCUGCGCGUGUUCCGCCUAAGGGUCAUCCUCCCGUGGGGAUGUGCUGAGAGGUAAAAGCCCGAAAUUUUGAGUGGACUGAGGAGUGGUUCCUCUGGUUAUCCCCAGAGUUAAACCGCUAUUGCUGUCCAGAAAUUCCCGAGUAAAAACCUAACCCUAUAAAUAAAAUUCCAUGAGGGAGAGAAAAUUAGCAAAGCUAAUUUCUCUCGAACCGAAUGCCAUUUUAUUUAUAUGAAAGAAAACUUCUCAAUGAAAAACUUACAGAUAUGGUUUAUAAUGAAAUAUUCGAUGAAUUUUCCAAUGAUUCUUGGAUAAUUCAAGUAGCUGAAUCUAUGAUUAACUCAGCUUAUGACCAAGAAAAAAGGAGAACUUUAGCAGCGCCACAGAUUAUUAUGACUAAUUCUGCUGGAAUGGGAAUUGAAGUAAAUGAAGCUGAAGAUUAUGCAAUAGAAAACUUUACACCAGGGGCUCAUAGUCCAAACCAUUACUCACUCCCCCCUUUAAAUUGGAAUAAAAUAUCUAUAGCGCUUUCCCGAGGAUGGCGCGGAAUGGCGCCAUCCUCGGGAAAGUCAACUAAGCAUCCACACGGGAACUGGAGUUUCCACGUGUGGAUGCCAUUUUUGACAUGUGGGAUCCAAACUUCCACAUGUCAAAAUGGCAUCCACACGUGGAACUCCCAGUUCCCGUGUGGAUGCCUUCCUGGCUUUCCCGAGGAUGGCGCCAUUCCGCGCCAUCCUCGGGAAAGCGCUAUAUUUUUUGGGAAAUUAACCUCUUUAAAUUAGAUAGAAAUUUAAUUUUAUCGGCAAAAUAAAAAAUUUAUGUAAAUAGCUUUGAUAGCAAAUUUAAUAUGCCAAAAUUGAAAAUUUACCUAUUGCAUUUUCUAUUUUAAAGAGAGAGUGAAUUAGUGUGGCAUUUAAAAAAACCUUAAAUUUAUGUUAAUAACACAAAUUUAUUUUCAAAAACAAUCGCAAAAUCUUUCAAUUGGAGCAAGAUUUUUUGCUCCAAUUUAAAGGCAGGAGUUAGCAGAAAGUUCUAUGAGAAAUGAAGAAAUUGCAGUCUCAUCUGAAAUGACUGAUCCUCAUGAAGGGAUGGGUCUUGAUUUCGCUGGGAUGGCUGAUUUUAAAGAUUUAUCCAAUCUUUUGUUUAAGCCUUUAGGCUUAUCAGAAAAAGCAGCAUUAUAUGCUUUGAACGAAUAUUAUAAUUAUAUUCCUACUGCUUUAAAGAUGAUUUUGCCAAGCAUAGAUCAGCUACUCAUAGAAGUUACAUCAGGAGUAGAUCCAUGCUGGUACUGGGCUAUGAAAAAUGAAAAAAUCAUGGGAUUAUUAAUAUACUCCUUAGACUGCUCAUCUCCAAAUGGAAGAAAUUUAAUAAUUCACCACAUUUCAUGCUUGCACGAAAAAUCUUAUCAAAAUAUCAUUGAUUUAGCCGGGAAUUUCUUAUGAAAAAUAGACACUUGUGAUGAAGUCAGAAUUAAUUUAUUUACCGAAAUAGGAAGAGAAGUCCCACAAGAUAUAAAAAAGAUUUAUACAAAUUUGAAGUACAAAUGGAAAACACAAGCACAUUUGAGACAAUAUAAUGUAGAUGUAACUGUUAUGGGGAAAGCAAGAACUAAUAUACAGCCAAAUAGAGAUGCAAGAACGCAAGCGGAAUUUCCUUUUACAUUGAAAGCAUUAUGCAUUGUUGAAGCUAAUUAUGAAGAAGUGAGAGCGAGGGACAUUAUAAGUCCAGAAAUGGUGAAAAUAGGCAAUAGGCAAUGCUUGCUAAAUGCUGUUUUGAAUUUAUUUGGGAAGCUUGAUAAAAGUGGGAUAAGCUUAACUGGCUAUCCAAAAACAAGACUGCAAGGUGACGUUUCUGAUAUUCUUGAAAUUAUAAACUCAACUGACUCUUUUAACUUCCCUUUUAUAAAGGCACAUGUUUUUGACAGUCAACCACAGGCAGCCCAUUUCUUGCAAGAAAAUCAUUAUACCCCAGCUCUAGCUCCAGCUAGUAAAUCUUCAAUAUCCAUACUUGAUAUUUCAUUCAAAUGGGUUUCAUGCACAAAUAUCAUAAAAACAGUAAAUGAACAAAAUUACAAAUUUAUGAGAUUUAAAACUAAAGAAAUAAAACACAGCAAAAAUCAAGAUAAUGGCGAUAUUUAUACCGUGCCUACUGGACAACAAGGAAUAAGUGCCUUUUUUAUGAAAUAUGAAGGCUUAAAAGAAGAAUUAUCCUCAGAAAUGAAGAGAUUUAAAACUGAUUUAUCUUAUAAAAUAGAAGACUUGCUUAGAAGUAUGGAAAAUGAAGAAAAUGAUUGUGAUGAAAUUUGUGUACCAGCGUUUAAUAAAGGGGUAAAUUGGAAUAUUCCUUGAAUAGAAGGGUAUGAAAUUCCUCCACAGCAAGAUGAAAAUGAGUCUCAAUAUGUUAGAAAGUGCUUGGAAGAUGUAAGUUUGGAAAAUAACAUUCCAGGACCUGCUCCAGGGAUUCUUGAACUUAAUACAAGAAAAAUGCAAAUUUUGACUAAGGAUUUCGUCUUUGGGCUGGUAAAUACAAAAGCUGACAAAGUUAUUGAUAUUCCUCUCUUUAUGUGCUUAGUCGAGCAAAACGAUUGGAUUUUGGCUUAA